AUGGACAUGUCGUCUGACCAGCAGUCGAUUCAAACACUCUCGCAGCCUGUGCUUGUUCUGACCGCGCCUGUCCGGCAUGCCCUGCCACGCCAGGUACCGUACGACUUGGAAGAGGGCCUAAGCUCCCGAGAUGAAUGGCAAGAGGCGGAGGAGCUCAGAGGAGGUUGCGGCUGCCUCGUCGGCAAGCUACACUGUCGCUCGGGCCCAUGCAUAUGCGAAACCAGUGGAUCAGGCAUCCUAUCUAUCCUCGCUUGCAUCGUGAUAUGGCCUUUCAAUGCCAUCUUUGGGCUCCUUUUGGGUGUCCUUGAUUGUCUUACAUGUGGCUGUUGCUCGUAG